GACUUCAAAAAAAAAAUAAAUAAAUAAAAUAAAAUUAAACAAGAUCAGAUCCAAGCAUAAAAAGGUUGAUGCCUGUGCACCCCAGAUCUAGCUAAGCCAUCAGCAAAGGCAUUGGCUUCUCUUGGGACAUGGUGAAACUGAACUGAAGGAACCGAUCGCAACAAGGAAAGAAUUUUGUUAAAGAUAUUAACACAACACCAGGGGACCCUAGCUCUGUCACGGACCCAAGAAACAGCACGAGAAGAGUUGGUUUCAAUGAUCAGUGAACGUGAUGCAACCCAAUCAGAAGCUAAGAACAUCUCAAGUGCCUCGCAAAUAGCUACAAGUUCAGCUACAUUCGACUCAACUACGCCUAUUGAUCUCGAGAAAAGACCAAUAACCAAUCCUCCCUCAUUUCUAAGAACCCCGCCAAUGCCAGCCAAGCCCAGUUUACCAAUAGAAUAACUGUCGACAUUAAACUUCACGAAACCAAAAUUGGGAGCAGACCAAUGAGUUGAAAUCCUACUCUUCUUCGAGGAGAAUAUCUGAAGUAAUGUACUUGCAUCAAUAAAGAAAUCCGAAAAAUAGAAGCAAAUAGAAGGAUAUCAGCAAGUGUUAUUAGCCACAAACUCCCUGAGUCACUUAGACUCGAGAUCAAGUGACUGAUACAGAUACAUGUCCAACACAGAUAAUAUCAGUUUCAAUUCAAAGUCAUCAAUAAUCAAGGGCGUUCAUAGCAGACAUCAGAGAACUGAGAACAGGGAGAAGAUGCUGUAAGAGUCAGCCUCAGAACUAAUUACAGGUCGCAACUUUGUAGGGCAGACUCUUUGAUCUACCUUCAACUUUAUCAAAAUAGAAUAAGAUUUUGUAACCUAGAUGAUAUCGACUCUGUGAUGGUGCUGUUUAAACGUGCUCUCUGAGGCAGUUAGGACAGCUUAACUUUUAGGGUUGCCAAAACAUUCUUCCAAAUACAUUUGACUAACAAAUUAUGGUCCAACUCUACCAUGUCAAAUAAGAUAUAACACAAUGG